AUGACGAUACUUCUACCUCUAAUUUCCUUCUUUCUCUUAAUUUCCUUCACAUCUUGAUCAGACUACGGGCCUUGCAGGGUCUUCAAGUGUAAUGGCAUGAGCAGCCAGGCAAAGGCAGACAACACCUGAGUUGAGUACAAUCAACAAGAACAACAAGAAGUCUCAGUCAGAAGCUGAACAGAUCAAGAAUACUGCACUGCCCAGUACUGGCUCAGACCUUCAUCCAUGCAUGAAAGUGCGUAUUGAUACAAAAAGCAGAGAGAAGAAGAGAGCGAGGUCUUACCAGGAGAGACCUGUAGCCGAGACAGAGAGUGAUUUGGAUACCAGGAUGGAGCAAAGUGCCACAACAAUGCAUGAGUCUCAGCAAUCUAUGACAGAUGCCACGGGCUGAAGGGUGACCCUUCCAAAGGCCACAGGUGGUGCAACUUUGGCAGUUAUUGUGAAGAGACAUCUCAAGAAUGAAAGCCAACAUUCAGAGAGCACCAAAAAUGAGAUAAUAGUUAUCAAUGAGGAUUCGGGAUGGCAUGUAUUGCUCAAUCUCCAAAUUUUGAAGAAUUUAAGUGCACAAGAUUUCAUUCAUUAAAGGAAGGGGACUCAUUUGACUCUACAAACAUUAUCGAAAGAGGCCUUUUCUUUCAACCUGAUGAUAUCUGUCUCAGUCAAAAUGCCUUCUCAUUAGGUAACAAGAAGUUUGAAUGCAGGAAGGCUGAUAGGAGCAGAGAACAAGAUAUUGACAUGCUUGAAAGACGUCAAGGAGCUGGAGAAAAAUGUCAUUUCUCUUCCUGGGAUGACGCCGAAGAUUUAAGCAAAGAGAAUCAUAAUGUUGAUUACUCAACCUGUGGUUUUAAUCAAGAUAUAUCUGGGUACUGAAGAAUAAGAAAAGGAGAUGAUGCUUUUGCUGAAGUUCUUGAUCAAGUGCAUAAAGUUAAUUUCACAAGUCUUAACUGACAUAUCCUCUCAGGAGUAUCUACUUGUAAAGCUCUACAGAAAGCAGCAGGAAAUGAUCUCACUACCAGGUGGAAAAGGAUGAAGAUUGUUACUAAUCCUAAUAAAGAAUGGGCAAGCUUUGCAAAUAAUGAUGAAUGUAUCAAAGAAACUAUAACAGCUCAGUUCUGGAGAGAAAAUAGUGCAUGGAUAAUGAUUCAAAGCAAGGAAAUUAUCAUCACUCUCCUAGUCUUCGCAUUUAUUUGGAUAUAA